AUGGCCGGGGCGGGGCCGGGGCCGCAAGUGGCGGCGACGGGGCUGCUGGAGGCGGCGACGCGGCCGCUGGCGGCGACGACGGGGCCGCUGGCGGCGGUGACGGGGCCGAUAGGAGCGGCGACGGGGCCGCUAGGGCCGGCAACGGGGCCGCUGGCGGCGGCGACGGGGCCGCUGGCGGCGGCGACGGGGCCGCUGGCGGCGGCGACGGGGCCGAUAGGAGCGGCGACGGGGCCGCUAGGGUCCGCGACGGGGCCGCUGGCAGCGUCGACAGGGCCGCUGGCGGCGGCGACGGGGCCGAUAGGAGUGGCGACGGCCUCUUGCAAUAACUUCCUGCACGUCUUCAUUCUGCACCCCACUCCUUCCUGCUUGUCACCCCAAACCCCUCCCCGCCUGCAGUCGCUGUGCUUUGUGGCACGCGACUUUGAGGUGGCCAUGAGGGGCGAGGAGAGGGGGGCGCGGGGCACGUGUGAGGUGCUAGAGGAGGGCGCCUUCACUCUCGCCAGGGAGCGCUUCCUCGCCCCUGAAGUGCUCUUUCAACCUCAACUCUGCCGCAUUGGCUGCGGGGGUAUACAGCUGACAGUGGCGCGGUGCAUAUUGGAGUGUGUAAAAUGGGUGAAGGCGUUUUUGAAGGCCAGGCACAGCCACGCGAGAGGCGCAGCGGCUGCAGAGGAGGGGGAGAUGGCGGAGGAGUGGGGAGGAGCGCCUGGGGAGGGGCGUGGGGGUGAGGGUGCCACGAGGGAAAAGGGGAGUGGGGAAGGGGCAGAAGGGGCGGGUGGGGGGGUGUGGGGGCGAGUGCCUGCGCCGCUGGCAAGUGAGGAUGUGGCGGAGGCGAUCGGCACCGUGGUGGUGGCGGGGGGCACGUCUGCGCUGCCAGGGAUAGCAGAGCGGCUGCAUCUGGAGCUGCAGCAGCUGCUCCCACCGCCCUUCACCGGCCAACUCUCUGUGAAGGCAGUGGGGCCGUAUGGCGCAUGA